AACGUCCCUUUCACGCUUUCGCAUGGCAAGGUAAACGCAGUGGAAAUUGUUCUGUGGUCGGGCUUAUUUUAAGCUCACAUAUUAUGUUCCUUCUGUAAACUAGUGUUCGCUCCUGGGUGGAUUAAUUUUACGAAUCUUGUCUUGACCUAUUUUUAAGUUCAUUAUGUUCGCGUCAGGAGCCAAGAUCUUGAAGCCGGGCGGCGCUGAGCCCGAUGCAUUCGAAACUUCCAUCUCCCAAGCUCUUCUGGAGCUGGAGAUGAACAGUGACCUGAAGGCUCAACUGCGUGAGCUGCACAUUACCAAGGCUAAGGAAAUUGAGCUGAAUGGCAAAAAGUCCAUCAUCAUAUAUGUGCCUAUUCCUCAGCUGAAGCUCUUCCAAAAAAUCCAAACUAGGCUGGUUAGGGAGCUUGAAAAGAAAUUCAGUGGCAAGCAUGUUGUAUUCUGUGGUGAGAGAAAGAUCUUGCCUAAGCCUACCCGUAAGACCCGCACCAAGAACAAGCAGAAGCGACCCAGGAGCCGUACCCUUACUGCUGUCUACGAUGCCAUUCUUGAGGAUCUGGUCUUCCCAGCUGAAAUUGUUGGAAAGCGCAUCCGAGUGAAGCUUGAUGGAUCCCAGCUCAUCAAAGUGCACCUUGACAAGAACCAGCAAACUAAUAUUGAGCACAAGGUUGACACUUUUGCUUCAGUAUAUAAGAAGCUAACUGGAAGGGAGGUGUCAUUUGAGUUCCCUGAACCUUACUUGUAAAUGUUUCUACCACUCUAUUAAAUUGAAAAAAAAAAGACCAAAAAUCAA